CAAAACAGAAGCUGAUGGAGAGGACUGUGGAGGACCAGAACCAGCCAUGAAAUCAGAUCCAGAUACACAUUUACAACCAGACACUGAUAACGAGACUGGAGACUCUUCUGAACAUGAGACUGAUGACAGUGAUGAAGAGACCAGAGAACCUCAGUCAGGUCUAAACUCUCUGACUAAUGAUAGAUUCUCUGUUGUUGAUUCAAGAUGUACUACCGGUGAGAAAGCAUUUAGCUGCUCUGAGUGUGGAAAAAGAUUUGGCACCAAUGGACAUCUGAAGAGACACAUGGGAACCCACACAGGAGAGAAACUAUUUAGCUGCUCAGUCUGUAAAAAAGCUUUUAAAGAGAGUGUAAGUUUAAAGAGACACAUGAGAAUUCACACAGGAGACAAACCAUUCACGCUGCCAAAAUCUUGCAAGCUGACGAUCACACAAAUCACUUUCGUAGCAGCCAAACCAAAUUCUGUCAUUGAUUUACAAAAAAACCCUUUCACAAGGCGAUCGCUGGAAGCAAAAAAGAGGAUAAAGGAUCUCGGACCGGACCAACCCGACUUACAAAUCCAGCAGCAGGCCAGUGACCGAGGACGAAACUACACCCGGGGCUUCACCCGCUCUUGUUAUGGGAAACGGAGUUGGCUGGCUGGAUGUAAUGUUAGCAAUGCCUUUUUCUGCUUUCCCUGUCUUUUAUUUCAAAGUGUCGGCACUGAGGUUUUGUGGACAACAACGGGGGUAAGAGACCUAAAACAUCUUUCUGAAAAAUGCAAACGUCAUGAAAGUAGUCGCAGCCAUCUUGAUAAUAGCAUUAAGCUAACGUUUUUUGGCAGAGUUAGCAUUGCUGAACAACUUGAUGAAGGCUACAGGAUUGGCAUUAGAAGGCACAACGAAGAGGUGACAAAAAACCGUCACAUACUGUCCACGAUAAUAGACCGUGUGAAAUUUAGUGGAGCCUUUGAGUUGGCUUUACGUGGCCACGAUGAGAGUGAGAGCUCAGAUAACCCCGAGAUGUUUCACGGGUGGGUGGAUUUUGCUGCCUCUCUUGACGGAGCUUUGAAAGAGCACCUUGACAGGGCCACUGUAUUUAAGGGAACAUCUAAAACUAUACAGAACGAGCUACUGGACUGUAUGUUGUCUGUUACAAGAGAACAAAUAAUCAAAGAAGUCCAGACAACUGAUUUUUUAUCAAUCCAGGCAGUUGAAAUGACAGAUAUUGCCACACAGCCCCAACUUUUGCUUGUGCUGCGCUACAUAGACGCCAAAAACAACGUGCAGGAAAGAUUUUUUGAGUUCAUCCCCCUGCAGUCCGCUACAGCUGAGUCCAUUGCUACUGCAUUAAAAGGGCGUCUUGCUACUAUCCUUCCUGAGGAUCAGAAAAGUAAGCUCAUCUGCCAGGCAUAUGAUGGGGCCACCACUUCAGCUGUUCAGAGGAAAAUACAAGAUGUGUACCCAAAUGCCCACUACAUCCACUGCUACGCACAUCAGCUCAACCUGAUAAUGCAACAGGCCACCUCUCACAUAUCCAAGGUGAGAAUUUUUUUUUCUAACAUUGGUGGAUUUUCCAGCUUUUUUUCCAAGUCACCCAAGCGGACAUGUUUUCUGGAUGAAGUGGUUGCCCAUAGACUGCCAAGAUCCGGCACCGUCAGAUGGAACUUUCAUAGCCGUGCCAUCAAUACUGUUUUUGAGCACAGAGGGGAUCUCAUUCGCUGUUUUGAGAGCAUACAAGACUCAGGUGACUUUGACCCCAAUACUGUCAGAGAAGCAGGAGCCCUGGCCAUGCUACUGGAGGAUCAGGAUUUUAAGUUCUUUCUGGAACUUUAUCACCACAUCACGCCACACGUCGACUUCCUCUGUGCCAAGCUCCAGGAGAAGAACAUUGAUUCGGUCCAUAUCAAAGGGAGCAUCCAACAGUUCCAACAGGAAAUACAAAAGAUCAGAAACUCUCUCCAUUCCAUUGGUGAGCAAAGCAGUGGUUCUCGGCCAAUAAAGAGGCGCCGGGCGCUCAGUCCAGAAGGCUGCGAAAGGAUUGCAGCGGAGGUCUGUGACACCAUCCUUGGACACACUAGGGAGCGUUUCUCCUUCGCAGACCAGCUCGUCUGUGCCACCUUGUUGCAGGGGGACAGGUUUGAGGAGUACAAGGAUACCUUUCCUGAAGAUGCAUUGAGCAGCACCAUGAAAGCGUACCCGAUGCUCAGUGGAAGCAAGCUGAAGACAGAGCUCAGUCUCAUCUACAGCAAGGAAGAGUUCAAAGCCUGCCGUGGUGCCGUGGACCUAUUCCAGCUGUUCAUGGAGAAUAAUCUCGAGGAAGUCUUUUCCGAAACUGUGACUCUCCUAAAAGUUGUCAUUACCACACCCAUGACCACGGCUGAAGCUGAGAGGUGCUUCUCAACCUCGAAAAGAAUAAAAACUUUUCUCAGAAACCCCGUGACCCAGGAGAGGCUGAAUGCACUGGCCAUGCUGUCCAUGGAAAAGAGACUUGUUACUGAGAUGACAGACUUUAAUCAGAGAGUCAUUGAGAAAUUUGCUGGCCAGAAGGGAAGGAGAGCAACAUUUAUGUUCAAGUAGUUAACAUGCUUUUUGGUAGUGGGUGGAAGGAUAUAGUUUAAAAAAAAAGAAAACUCAGUCAGUGUCACUAUCUUCUUAUGUUUGUAACUUGAAUUUUGUAUCAUAUUGUCUUGCUCUUCUUAAUUACAUAGCCUAGUUGUUUAAAUGAAGUAGUGCUGGUUGUUUUGCCCAGUUUUGAAGUGCUGCUUUCUAUUUAUUUAAACUUGGU